AUGGUUACGAAGCAUUACCUAUCUUGCGAUUCCGAGUACAACGAAUACACUCCAUGUGAAGACACCAAGCGAUCCAUGGAGUUCGAUAGGGACAAACUGAUAUACAGGGAGAGACACUGCCCGAAGAGAGGGGAAUUGCUCAAGUGUCGCGUGCCUGCGCCGUUUGGGUACAAGUGCACAUUUAAAUGGCCGAUGAGUCGGGAUGAUGCAUGGUAUGCGAAUGUGCCGCACAAAGAGUUGAUGGAGAACGCGAUUCAGAAUUGGAUUCGAUUCGAUGGGGAUCGAUUCAAGUUCGCUGGUGGUGGUACCAUGUUUCCCAAUGGUGUUGAUCCCUAUAUCGAUGAUAUCGGCGAGUUGAUCAAUCUCAAGGAUGGAUCCAUUAGAACCGGCAUUGAUACUGGUUGUGGGUUCAAGAAUUCAAAUUUGACAGAAAAAUAA